AUGGCGGAGCUAGCUUCGGGUUAUCGCAAGGUGUCACCCGAAGCUAUUCCAGACCUGAUUGCGUGGCUCGGCAGGUGCCUGGCGGUGCGGCAGGAGCAGCCCAACUCGCCGCUGUGGCGCACGUCCGUGCUGCAGUUCGCCGACGUCCUCGACCACGCGCUGCUGCUCGACUGCCCCCCGCACCUCCUCCCCCUCCCCUCUUCCCCCGCCCCCUCCGCCCCCUCCGCCCCCUCCGCCCCAUCCGCCCUAUCCGCCUCGCCUGCUGGAUCCCAACAAGCCCCAUCUGCCCCCAUCGCUGGAACGGCGGCAGCAGAGAGCAGGGGGGGCGGGGAGAAGGGGAAGGAGGGCAGGGAGCAGCAUGGAACGGCCGAGGCAGGGCCGUAUGGAGAGGCGGAGGCAGGUUCGAGGAGCGAUAGUGAUGCAGCGGUGGAAGAGACACAAGGUCAGUGCACACACCAGCAGGAGGGGCAGCAGCAGCAGCAGCAGCAGCAGCAGCAGCAGCAGCAGCAGCAGCAGCAGCACCAGCAGAGCGUGGCACUGUCGGGCGCCACGGCCACGUGGGAGGCGGCAGUGCGGCAGCGGUUCUGGAAGGAGCUGGUGGCGCUGUACGAGGGCGUGGUGCGCGGCAUGUGCGCAGGGGAGGGGGUCGUCAGGGGCAUGGGCACGGGGGAGUGGCACUCUGGGUCCGUCCAAAAUCUGCCGCCGGCUCAGGUGCAUGAGGACGAGGUGCUACAGGAGCGGAUGGUGCGGUUGCUGGGAGAGAAAGUGCUCAGAUACUGCCAAGACGCGCCACUGGAGGUGAAGCAGCGCCUGGUGGGGCUGCUGCUGGACCUGGCAGAGAGGGCCGUGGGGGAGGUGCAGCUCACAGGGGGUGGCCGUGGCCGUGGGAGCUCAGGGCACAGUGGCUCCGAGCAAGGCUCAGGUGCUGGUUCAGGAGGGCAGGGGCCUAAGGGCGAGGGGAAGGCAGCUGCGCCUCUGAGUGGGCUUGCGCGCGUGGGUAGCUGGCUGGGGUGGGGUGCUGCUGGUGGGGCAGGGGCAGGGGGGCAGGUGAAGGCGACAGGCAGUGUGGGAAGAGGGGGAAGCGACGGCUUGAGUGGCAACGGUGGCAGUGGCAGUGGGGGGCAUGUGGUGGUGAGCAGGACGAGAAGCAGCAGUGCUGUUGCUGUGGGGAGUGGAAGCAGAGGCAGCGAUGGGGGCAUAGUGGAUCAUUCGCUGGUUGGGGUGGGCAGCGGCAGCGUGGGUGACAAUGGCGGCAGUGGUGGUGGCAGUGGUGAGGGGGGCUGCGGCAUGUGGAGGGAGACGUUGCACCCUGUGUGCUUCACUGCCAUCCACCUGCUGCCCCAGAUCUGCGGGCAGCCCAGACCCAACGACCCAGUGAGCAGCUCCGCGGUGCAGGUGGCGUGCAUCGCCAUGCCCCGCCUCCUCGCCUUUGCCCGCCGCCGCCUGCAGCGCUUCACCGAGGACUGCCUGGUGCGCGGGGCGGGCAGCAUGGCAGCAGCGCGCAGGAGGGAGGUGAGGGUCAUCCUGGCAGGUCUCACAGCCAUCUCGCUACACCCCGCUGUCGCCGCGCCCCUCUCGUCCCUCCUCCCCGCCAUGCUCCGCUGCACCCCUCCUCCUGCUCACGGCUUCACUGCACUCUCCCUCCCAGCAGCACCAGUGCCCUCCCUCGCUCACAGCAUUGCUGCCCACACUGCACCACGCAGCAAGCCCGCCUCCACCCCUACCUCUUCCACUCCUGCAUCGGCCCCCGCUGAUGCAGAUCUGCCCUUUAUUUCUGACAGCAGCAUCAAUGCAGCAGCUAGUGCUGCUGGCAGGGUGGGCGGGGAAGAGGGUGGGGAGGAGUGCAGUAAGGGAGCGGAUGGUGGGAGGGGGAGUGAGGGUGAGUGUGAGUGGCGGGUGCUGCCGGACGGGCAAGGCGGGAGCAUGGGAUGGCGCAAGGCCCACCUGUUCGCCAUCUACCCCUUCGCAUGCGACCUCAUUCUUGCCAGUCUUGCCACGGAGUACCCUCUACCUGCCAGACUUAUUCCAUUCCAGUUUGAUCAUCUCCCUCUGAUGACUGAACCAAUACCAGCACAUGCUCCCUGCACCACCUGUGCCCUGCAGCACCUCCCCUUCAACCCAUCACCCCGUCUUCAUCCCACCACCUCCCUUUCAUCCCAUCACCUCCCCUUCAAUCCAUCAUCACAUGUGCCCUGCGCUGCCCUCCCCCCACCCAGCAGGGACCCGGAGCUGGCAGGGGCGCUGCGCUCACUGCUGCAUGCAGUGGGGGCGGAGAUGGGGCUGCACCCUGCGCAGCGAAUCUGA